AUGGGUGACUUCAAUGUGACCACUGGCACUGACAGGGAUGGCUUUGAGGACUGCAUCGAUCCCCAUGGGUCUGGUGAACAUGGUGAAAGUAGAUCCAUGUUCAUUGACUUUGCAAAAUAUCAGGAGCUGUGGAUCACUGGAUCCUGGUUCCAGCGCCCUAGCAUCACUGGACUUGGCACUCCAAUACUGGUGGUGCAGAGCAUCAUCCCAACUGACUGGAAAACAGGACUUGUCACCCCUAUCUGGAUAGGGAAGGGUGAUUGCCUGAUUGCGGCAACUACGGGGGAUAACACUGUACUUGGUGCCAGAGGAGAUGUGGAGCAAAAGGAUAUCGGACAGCAAAAACUGCCAAACCGAUCCCGGGACAAAAGAUGGAUAAGUGGAACGAAAUUGGUAGGUGCUGGCAAGCGAGAAAACUUGACGCACCUCCAAUAUUAUGCUUACCGAUUGACGACUCGAAAUGAGUUCAAACCUAUCUUGAGUGCUGGAAAACUAUUCCAACAGUACGUAGUGGAUGCGUAUUGCAAGAUAGAAGCUAAUCGAAUUCAGUUCCAUAGAUCAAAUCAAGCUCAACUCAGGAGCGAUCUCUACUCUGGUUUAAUGGACCACGUAAAUAAUCUUGCACAGAAUGAAGGUGUAAAGCCUGGUACUAUCUGUAUUUUGCCUUCAACAUUUCAAGGAAGCCCUAGAGCACAUCAGCAGAACUUCCAAGAUGCUAUGGCCAUCAUACGCAAGGACGGUGGACCUGAUGUGUUUAUGACUAUGACCAUGAAUCCAAAGUGUCAUGAAGUAAUGGAAAACUUGAAGCCUGGAGAAAGACCAGAGGAUAGACCUGAUCUGGUUGCACGUAGUUUCAAGGAGAAACUUACAGCACUACUGCAUGACUUAUUCGUGAACAAAGUACUUGGAGUGGUGAUCACUCAUGUUUAUGUAAUAGAAUUUCAAAAACGUGGCUUACCACAUUGCCACCUCCUACUUUUUCUCAGACCUGAGGAUAAACCAAGAAUUGAAAUUAUUGACAAGAUGGUAUGUGCUGAAAUUCCAGAUCCGGUCGAAAACCCGAGAUUGUAUGAAAUCGUCAAGGCGACUAUGGUUCAUGGCCCCUGUGGACACUUGAACAUGACAAGCCCAUGCAUGAAUGAGGAAAAAAUAUGUUCCAAACAAUAUCCGAAAGAUUUCAGUGAGGAAACCAAGCCGAACAUUGAUGGUUACCCAGUUUAUCGCAGGAGAAACGAUGGGAGAAAAAUUAAAGUUGGAAAGUUCACAGUGGAUAACCGCUGGAUCGUUCCAUAUAAUAGGUACCUAACUCUAAAGUACAACGCACAUAUUAAUGUAGAAAUUUGUGCAAGCAUUAAAAGUGUGAAAUACUUAUUCAAAUAUGUUUACAAAGGACAUGAUUGA